CUCUCCUCAUAUAUACACAACCCAGAGACGGAAGGGGGAGGGGAAGCCCAGCCAAGCGCUGACAGGAUUAUGUCGAGCCCGGCCUGGGCCGACGCGCUAGACAGAGCCCCGAGUACUAAUCUUGUUUUGGCAACGGCGGCCGCUGCGGAAAUGGCCGAGCUCUCGCCAGCCUCUCGUUCUACCUUGAGCGCCGGCACCGUUUCUCUGCCGCUCAUUGAAUCAGAACUGUACUUCCUUAUAGCUCGGUUCUUGACCACUGGGCCUUGCAGGAGAGCAGCCGAGGUGCUGGUGCAAGAACUGGAACAGCACCAGUUACUUCCUAAAAGAUUGGAUUGGAAGGGAAAAGAGCAUUGCAGAACGUACGAAGACUUGGUCUUAUCUAACAAACAUGUGGCUCCAGAUCACUUGUUGCAAAUUUGCAAGCGGAUUGGCCCUAUACUGGAUAAGGAAAUUCCACCUAGCAUUCCGAGAGUGAACUCCUUGCUAGGAGCAGGGAAACAGUCCUUGCUGCGCACAGCAAAAGAUUGCAGAAACACUGUUUCAAAAGGCUCAGUCAUUGCAGCCCUUCAUAGAGGAAGACCCCCUGAAAUGCCUGCUAACUGUGACAAGGUGCCAAGUCUUGUGGAACUGAAUUACGCAAAACAAUUGACCGGAUGUACAGGAUCCAGUUCUUCAUUCCCAGGCAACAUGUAUCAGCAUAUAAAGAUGCACAGACGUAUUCUUGGUCAUCUUUCUGCAGUAUACUGUGUCGUGUUUGAUAGGACUGGUCAUAGGAUAUUCACUGGAUCUGAUGAUUGCUUGGUAAAGAUUUGGUCUACACACAAUGGUCGGUUACUUGCUACAUUGAGAGGCCAUUCAGCAGAGAUUUCAGAUAUGGCUGUGAAUUAUGAAAACACAAUGAUUGCUGCUGGCAGCUGUGAUAAAAUUAUCAGGGUUUGGUGUCUCAGAACAUGUGCUCCUCUUGCUGUUCUACAAGGACACACAGGUUCUAUUACAUCUUUGCAAUUCAGCCCAUUGGUCAAAGACUCUACACGGUAUAUGGUUUCAACAGGCGUAGAUGGAACAGUUUGUUUCUGGCAAUGGGAUAUCACUUCUAUGAAGUUCAAUAACCGACCACUGAAAUUCACGGAAAAACCUAGACCUGGAGUUCAAAUGCUUUGCUCAUCGUUUAGUGUUGGUGGGAUGUUCUUAGCAACUGGCAGUACUGACCAUGUUAUCAGAAUGUAUUAUUUUGGUUCUGAAACACCAGAAAAAAUCGCAGAACUGGAAAACCAUGCUGAUAAAGUUGAUAGCAUUCAGUUUUCUAAUAAUGAUAACAGGUUCAUAAGUGGUAGCAGAGAUGGAACAGCCCGAAUCUGGCGAUUUCAGCAAGCUGAGUGGAAGAGCAUUUUGUUAGACAUGGCUGACAAAUUACCAGGUGAUUCCUGUUCAGAAGAAGACAAGUUUAUGAAGCCCAAAGUAACUAUGAUAGCCUGGAGUCAAAAUGAUAAAUUGGUGGUAACUGCUGUAAACAAUCACCUGCUCAAAGUGUGGAAUUCCUAUACUGGGCAGCUGCUUCAUCAUCUCACGGGACAUGCAGAUGAAGUGUUUGUUUUGGAACCCCACCCCUAUGAUUCUAGGAUUAUGUUAUCUGCAGGCCAUGACGGCAGUAUCUUUAUCUGGGAUAUAGCAAAAGGCAUUCAAGUGAAACAUUACUUUAACAUGAUUGAAGGACAAGGACACGGUGCUGUCUUUGACUGCAAGUUUUCAUCAGAUGGACAACAUUUUGCCUGUACAGAUUCUCAUGGGCAUCUUUUGAUAUUUGGCUUUGGUUGUAGCAAGCCUUAUGAAAAGAUUCCUGAUCAGAUGUUCUUCCACACUGACUACCGACCACUGAUCCGAGAUUCUAACAAUUAUGUCCUAGAUGAGCAGACCCAGCAGGCUCCUCAUCUUAUGCCUCCACCAUUCUUAGUAGAUGUGGAUGGAAACCCUCACCCAACAAAAUACCAGCGCUUGGUACCAGGAAGAGAGAACUGUGCAGAUGAGCAUCUGAUUCCACAGCUUGGAUAUGUAGCAACAAGUGAUGGUGAGGUUGUAGAACAAGUAAUAGGACAACAAACAUCUGAGCAGGAUGAACAGGAACCCAGCAUACUUGAUGGAAUGAUCAGACAGUUACAACAACAACAAGACCAAAGAAAUGGCACUGACGAAGAUGGUCUUCGCCCUGGACCACCAAAUGGAGAAGAAACACAGAGAAGAGAUUUUCAAAGAUCAAACUCGGAUAUCCAGUCUCCUCCUAAUAUUGGCCUGAGGCGUAGUGGUCAAGUUGAAGGUGUGCGUCAGAUGCAUCAGAAUGCUCCAAGGAGUCAGAUUGCUACAGAAAGAGACCUCCAAGCUUGGAGACGGAGAGUAGUUGUUCCAGAAGUAACUUCUAGCAUAUUCAGAAACUGUGAGAAAUAUAGGAUUGCAAAAGGAGAAGAGGAGAAACGGCUAUAUAUUGUGGAGCAGAAAAGGAAGUUAUUUCAGUCUUCAGACAAGAGUGACUCUGAAGAUUCAUUGAUGCAGUCUAAAAGGAGACUUUAUAGACGUAAAUAUGCGGCAUAUCAAGCACGGAAUAAUAUUGACCAGUCCGAUUCUUCUAGCGAAGAUGUGGAUAACUAUUUUGGAUUUAUAGAACAGGAAGCAGAAGAAAGUGAUGGUUUGAGUUUGUCUUCCAAUGAGGAAGAAUGGAAGACUGAUAGAAAAACUGACAGUAACAGUUCCAGUGACUCCUCAAGCCAGUAUUCUGACUGGAUAGCUGAUGCAGGGAUUAACCUACAACCUCCUGUAAGAACUUCUCGACGCACGACUAUCAAAUACUGUAGUUCUUCAGAAGAUGAGGUAUCGUUGGAAAAAAUAUCUCCACCAAAGAGGAAGAAGAAAAGACGGAAAAAAUACAAAACUAAAAUGCAUGAGGAGGAUGUUGAAGUGAAUGCCUCCCAACAACCUGCAACCCCAGAACUGCCCAGUGAGUUCCACCCUCCAGACUGGAUAACAAAUGUCAGACUUCGAAGGUCGCCCUUUGUCCCACAAAUGGGUGAUGAGGUGAUAUAUUUUCGACAAGGCCAUGAAGCUUACAUUGAAGCAGUGAGAAAAAACUGUAUUUAUAAACUGAAUCCUCACAAAGAGCCGUGGAAGAAAAUAGUUCUUAGGGAACAAGAAUUGGUAAAAAUUGUUGGGAUACGUUAUGAAGUUGGGCCUCCUACACUCUGCUGUCUCAAACUUACUCUUAUGGAUCAUGUUACAGGACAUCUUCAGGACAAAUCAUUUUCUAUUAAAUACCAUGAUAUGCCAGAUGUUAUUGACUUCCUGGUAUUGCGUCAGUUUUAUGAUGAAGCAAGGCAAAGAAAUUGGCAUCCUUAUGAUCGCUUUCGUUCAAUUAUUGAUGAUGCUUGGUGGUUCGGAACUGUUUUGAGUCAGGAGCCAUAUCAGCCACAAUAUCCGGACAGCCCUUUUCAGUGUUACACUGUUAAAUGGGACAAUGGUGAAAUUGAAAGGCUUAGCCCAUGGGAUAUGGAGCCAAUUCCAGAGAAUGUAGUUGACCAGCCUGAGGAAUUGGGAGCUAGUGUUUCUGUGACUGUUGAAGAAAUGGCAAAACUAUUAUACAAACCUCAAAGGGGGGAAUGGCAGGGAAAAUCCCAGAAUGAAGAAUGUGAACGGAUUAUUUCUGGAAUUGAUCAGCUUCUGAGUCUUGGUAUUUCAGCAGCAUUUGCUGGUCCAGUUGAUCUGAAUACAUAUCCAAAAUACUGUACAGUGAUAGCUUAUCCAACAGACCUGUGGACUAUCCGGAUGAGACUAGUUAACAAGUUUUACAGGAGGCUCUCUGCAUUGAUUUGGGAAGUAAGAUGUAUUGAAAGCAAUGCCCAAACUUUCAAUGAACCCAAUAGCACAAUCGCUAAUUCAGCUCGAAAAAUCACGGAUCACUUCUUAGAAUUCAUCAGGAAUCCAGAUUGUACAGAUAUUUUUGAGCUGUGCAUUGCAACAAAUAAUGAAGAUGGCAUUGAGGCUCGUGAGCUGGAUGAUGAAGAGACCUACAUACCAAGAACAUCGUCUAAAAAAAGACAGAUCAUAAAAAGGAAAAGUAUUGUGAAGCCAAGCACUGAUGAAAAUAAUUGGAAGAAACAAUGCAUGGAACUUGUAAAUUUGAUUUUCCAAUGUGAAGAUUCAGAGCCAUUUAGACAACCUGUUGACUUGGAUCAGUAUCCUGAUUACCGGGAAAUUAUAGACACACCAAUGGAUUUGGGAACUGUAAAAGAAACACUAGAAGCUGGAAACUAUGAUUCACCAAUGGAGCUGUGCAAAGAUAUCAGAUUAAUAUUUAGCAAUGCUAAAGCAUACACCCCAAACAAAAGAUCCAAGAUAUAUAGUAUGACUCUGAGGUUAUCAGCGCUGUUUGAAGAAAAGAUGAGAAGGCUCCUCUCUGAUUUUAGAACUGGACAAAAAUAUAACAAAAGAUUGCGGAGAAAUAAAAGAGGUUCAAAGUACAAUCGGAAACUGCAAAACUCUGCACAGCACUCUACCAAAACCCUCAGAAAUACAAAGCAGAAGCAAUGCAAAUCUCAGGCAUCAAUUCAAUCUGAGCCAGAAGAUUCUUCUAAUCAAAAUACCUCACGAAGAAAGCUCCAUUUUACAAGCCAUAAAAUAUACACAAGCAGCUCUAGUCGUGGUAUUGCUGAUGUGUUGUCUGACUCUGCAUCAUCUUUUGGAAAGAAAGUGCGAACAAGAAGCACAAGUGUAGCGCGCAGUUCCACAUUGUUAUCAGAAAGUGAACUGGAACACUCAACAACUGCCUCAUCAUCUAGUAGUUCAGAAGAAAGUAAAGAAAGUUCUGCUGCUCCUUCAUCUCCUGUAUUAUAUAAUGGAAUAUCUGGAGGGAAACGAAGCACCUACAGAGUCACUAGAAAUAGAGUGUAUCAGCAACAGCAAAUGGCUUCUCAAGAGAAUGAAAAUAGCCAGAGGACUGCCAGGAAAAGAGUAUGUGUGAGGGAAACUUAUAACUCAGAAGAACCUUAUGAAACUUUGAGUAGCAGAUAUGGAAGGCAAAGAAAAAUUCCACGUAGAAGUGCUGCUGUGGCAGCAAAUAAAUUAAGAUUGAUGAGUGAUGUAAAAGAGGAGGUAUCUAGCUCAGAAAGUGUUGGCAUUGGAAACAAACACAGAAAACUUCCUCAUCGCAGUGCUUCGGCUGCUGCAAGAAAAGUGUUGUUACAUAACUCUGAAGAAGAAAGUUCCAUGCAGUCUGAGUCCGACAAAGAAGCAGAACAGUCUAACACAAGAAAAAGUUUGGAUAAUGCUGCUUCUCCUCUUCAAAAAAGACAUGUUAGUGAAUCUGAAAGUGGAAGCUCAAAUUCUGAGGAAGGAAUGCAAAAACCACUAAAAAGUUGUCAUUUUAAUGGCCAUAAGCGGUCACAGAAGGCAGCCCACUGUGUAUCUUCCCAAACAAAGCCCAAUGAUGAUCCACAAAGCUGUGUGUCAGGUGAUAGGAGCAUUAAAAAAACUUAUCCAUUGUCUUCUGCACGCAAUGACAGGAGCAACUCUGAGGCAGAUUCUGAGCCAGAGAGAUACAAUGAUUUGUCACAACAGACUUGUAAAAGAACAUCCACUCAGUUCAGGAAAGCUAAAGUUUUGAGUGAUUCAGAGGAAGAUGUGGAAUCGGGGGAAGAAAAUAAAAGUGCUACAUUUUCAAAGAAUAGAGGCUUUUCUAAAAGUUUAAGACAGCCUAAAGGUGGUCCAAGUUCAUCUAAUUUGGACUGUAAAACUGACAGCGGUCAUUCAAGAAAAACAAGGAAAAGGGAAGCCAUCAGAAGAGAAUGCGUUAUCCAAGAAAACGGACUUGGAAGAUCUUCCAGAAAAAGACCACAUAAAAGUGAUUCAGAAGAUGAAGCUGUAGUUCACACGAUCCAAAAUAGUGACCAUCAGGGUUGCCGAAGAUUGCCACGGAGCUGCACUUCUGUGUUAGUUAAUAAAUUGAGGCUCAUAAAUGAUGUGAAAGACCUCUCCCAUUCAGAAGCCAGGGGCUGUGUAAACAAGAAUGGAAAAUUGAACUGUUAUGUUACUGCUUCCACCACCAGAAAGAAUUCAGAAGGUUCAGAGGGUGGGAGUCAGCUACUAUCUAAUGAAGAAAACAGGCAAUAUAGCAGAAGAAAGUGCACACGUUCUGGUUCCACUGUAGUUUCUGCUAGGAUAUAUGAGAGUGACUCUGAAAGUAGCUCAGAUUUUGAAAGUGUGUCAAGAAAUAAUAGGCAUAUUGAAUCACAUCGGCACAAGUUUAGACCUCCCUGUGAUGAAUCACCUAAUGUACAAUGUAGAAUGGAACUUAGAAAGAGAACUUCAAGCAACCGUGUGUCAAAGGAUAGAAGAUUUGGUAAAGUUUCAGUGUAUGUAGAUAAUGCAAUAGCCAGUUCAGAAUCUGAAGCAGAUUAUGAGUUAGACAAAUGCAGUAGUGAAAUUGGGAAGCAAUACAGCUAUUGGAAGACUGCAACUUCUUCCGGUAAAUCAAAAGCCAAAAACCACAUUAAAGCAACAGCAGAAUCUGAUGUAGAACCUAGACAGGAUGGAAUAGGUUCUCUGGCAGAUGAGGAGAAAGGCUCUAGAAGGCUACGAUCUAAACGCAUAGCAGAUUCCAGUUGUUCUUCUGAUUUGGAAGAUGAAUCAAAUUCCAAUAGUAAUGAUGAUAGUGACACCCGAAUGCAACACACAAAAAAGAAAGGAAAAACAGAAAUCACUAAGAAAGACUUGACUUCUCAGGAGAUGAGCCAAAGUUCAAUUGUACUCAGGAACAGAAAAAAAUAUGCAGAAUUGAAUAAUGAAGCAGUACAUAUAAAAACUCUUAAUGGAAAGAAAAUUCCACGUCGAAGUGCUGCUGUGGCUGCAAGUAAAAUUAAGCUCAUUAGUGAUGCUAGGGAGGAACUGUCAAGUUCAGAAAUUGGUUCUGCUAGAACCAAGAACAGAAAAUUACCAUACCGCAGUGCCUCUGCUGCAGCCAGAAAGACAUUGAAUGAUUCACCCACACCCCCUGAAAGUGAAGCAGAACUUAAGGAAUGUGAUAUAAAGGAAAAACAAUUUCACACUCGUUCUUACACAUCUAGAAAAGCUGGCAAAGAACCAGAAAAGAAUUGUUUGGACUCUGAGAAAGAACCUGAGGUGAAACAAAAAAGCAGACACAGCAAUGGCCCAAGAGAGCAGUCUGUUAGAACGAUGUGUGGAAAAUACCCAAAAGGAAAGAAAGCUGUAGAAUUGUCUGAAGAAGAAUCCGCCAGUAGUGUUCCAUCUGAGGAUCAGACAGGUUUGAUCCAGUCACCAUCUCCAGAGAUACAUAAUGCACCAAGUGACUCUGCAGCAGGUUCUGAAUCAGACCAAGAGUAUAUUGGUAAAACUGUGAGAAGCACAAGAGAAAAUAAAGAAGGAAAGAGGAGUCAAGGAAGAAGAAUUUUCUCGAGCAGGAAAUUUGAGGUUUCUGGGAGCUCAAAAUCUGAACCUGGUAGCAGUUCUAAUUACUCUUCCGAUUCAGAACCUCAGAUAGAGUCUAAAAACAGUAACAGCAAUGGAGAUAGGAAAACGAAAAAGAGGAAAAGGAAAGCCAUUGAAGCAGGUAAAACUUUAAGUGAUGGAUUUUGUAAACCUUCUAAAACACCUCAGAGAAGAAAACGGGCAAAAGAGAGUGAAGAGAAUGAUUCUGAAGAAUUAGAUUAUACAAAAUAUAAAAGAGUAAACAGACGUUCCAGAAUCAGAACUAGAAACAGGGGCAGGAGAACUGUCAGAUAUGCAGAUGAUGAAGAUGAUUGUGAAAUGUGAUCUUGCUUAGCAUAUCUGUUUAGCCCACUUUCCUUUUUCUAGUGAUACUAGAAUUACUGAAUUAUUUUGGAUCUUCCAAUACAUUCAGGGAAUAUAUUUAUAUUUUUCUAUGAAAAAGUUGAAUAUGGAGACUCUCCUUUUCAUAAUAUGACUUGCACUUCCCUACCUGUGUAGCAGCAAUUAGCACAUAUGCCAAAAUGUGCCUCAUUAUAGGGGCGAAUCUUUUGUCUUUAAUGAUGUUUUGCUAAAUAUAGUAAACAGUGGGUGGGUGGGUGAAUAAUAAAAUUAAAGAGUGUUAUGGUGCUGCAAACUACCUAUGCUGUAGUACAUUAGUAAUUUCAGGAAUAGUUUAAUCUGAAAACAGUGGUGUUCAGGGUUUCAUUUAGCAGUAACAUUAGCAUUUAAUACAAUGGUUGAAAUCCUGUUGCGUAGCAUAGUAAAUUUGCUAUAGUAGGCCUAUUGAAUUGUGGGGAUUUGGUGAGUCAACUUCUUUAAGUCACAACUAAAGCAGGUCCAUUUGAAUUGGUGGAACUUAUGGAGGAGUUGACCUACCAGAUCUUUACUAUUCAGUGGGCCAAUUCUAAAGUGACUUCUACGCUAACCAACAGGAUUCCAGCCAUAUAUUAAAAAGAACUCAAUUUGGUUACUCGGUUUAAAGAACAAUUAUGUGAUAAGUGGUUACCAAAUAAUUUAAGAACUUAUUAAAACCAGAGGUGCUACACAUUUCUGAACAACAGCUUGAACUAAUCAGUAAUAAAGAUCAUUUACUGACUUUAUAAAUAUGUGGAUAAUUUUUUUGCUUCUUAUGUAACCUUUUAGUAUGUGGCUCCCAUGCUGUAAAUUUGAGACUAUUAGAAUACAGGUGAUCACUUGAGCCUAAGAUUUUUGUGCAUGUGGGCAUUUUGUCAAGAAAAAACAAACAUGCAAGUGAAAUAAUGUGCUUAAUGGUUUUUCUUCAAAAUGGAGUAAAACUUUAAUGCUCAGUAGUGCUAGCAUUUAAAGUUUUUGCUAGCAUUCAAUGCCUGAUUCAUUAAGAUUUAAAUUAUAAGUUCAUUGACACAACUUAAACCACUCCACCUCCUAAUUUGUCAGUGUGAAGCACCUUCAUGUUGCUAGUAUUUAAGUUGGCACUGUUGGGGAGGGGGGCAUAAGUUCAUUAUUGCGUAUCAAGAAUGCACAGUACGUGAUACUGUAUAACUAUUUAAUGGUUCUUUUUAAAGUGAUCAUUCCCUGGUUUAACUUUUUGGGAGAAUGUUUUUCUUAAUUGUUAUUUUCAUAGAGAUGGCCUCUUUAUUACAAGGUGUCCCUGCAUCUAGUCAUACUUUCGGUAGGACUUUCAUGUAACAGGCAUUUAAUUUAUUCUUGUGGGCCUCUUGUAUUAUUAUUUUGACAAAUAUUACUUCAGGGUGGUUCUUUGUGUUGCCUUUAUUUGAUGGAACAAAACCAAAACCCUGAAAUCUGCUAUUCUAGAAUGUUGAUUUGUCUUCCACAUCUUGGUUUUUAAAGGCGAAACUCUGAAUAUAUAGUUUGUCUAUUAAAAAAAUAACACUAAUGCUCGAAGUUCUUUAUUUUUGUAUGUUAAGUUAUAAAAUGUGCUUAAUCUGGGUAAAUUUGCACAUUUCUGUAAAAUUAAGAUAAACUGGAGUAAAUGGUUUAUUUAGAAGCAUUGGAAAUGUAAUUUUGUUUAUAAAGUGAACAGUGGUGGCAUGGUUAAGGGAAGCCCCCAAACUGUAAUCAACUUGAAAUGCACUGCUGUGUAAAAUGGGUUUCUAUUUGCAUUUUUGGAAUACUUAUAUUUAAUUAUUUCACCUCAGUUUGUUGCAGUACAAAUCGUACAAUACAAAAUGUAUUUGAAGUAGUAGAAUGUAGACUUAUUUUCCCAAUGACAUAUGUCAGUGAAAUGUUCUCAAAUAAAAAACAAAAGGUGGACAUCA